AUGGCUCGCGGUCGCCCUUCGACUCAGGGUACUCCCAAAACCUCUUCGACGACAGAUGCCUCUCGAGAGCCAUCUAUCGCUUCUGGCCGAAUGACCCGUUCAGCUACAACAAGAAGUCAAACUGCCUCAUCUGCAUCAACUCCUGCCCCAGAAGUCCAGGCGGCUUCAGGGUCACGACCAAGAGGUCGUCCCAGAAAGAGUGUCGCUGCUGUUGAUGCAUCCCCUGCUAUACAGUCACCCACUCCUGAUGUUGUCCCUGCUAGACGACGCGGACGUCCAAGUAAGAUUCCUGUAGCUGAAAGCGAGUCUGUAUCUUCAGUGCCCACCCCCAAGGAUGGCAACUCAGAGAGCGAUUAUUCAACUCCAGCUUCGAGCAAAGUGCCCACCCCAGCGGCAGGAGGCAACGUCAAAAUUGAGGUUGUGAUUCCUGGUCCUGCUACUUCACUUGCUGCCGAUCGUGAAAGGGAGCUGCGCAACAGUGCCUAUUCGAUGAAGGCAAGGGGUAAGGGCAAAUCAAGAAUGAUCGCAGAUUCCGAUGAAGACGACGUCGAUCUUGACGAUUCCCGGGACGCACAGGUGGCCCGUCGACUCCAGAAAGAAGAGUACAAUGAGCUACCAACUAUUCCUUCGCCAACUCUUCCCUUCCGCCGCACUGGCGGGCCAUCUUUGUCUGCUACUAUUCCUGCCCAAACUUCAGGGAAGCGAGAACGGGCGUUGACUGACACGACCGCCAAAAGAGGCCGCCCACCAAAGAAGCAGAGAGUUGUCCCCGACUCCGACGAUCAAGACAUCGACAUUGAUGCUGAAAUCGCUGCCGCAGCAGUGCUAGACUCAGACGACCUCUCGUCACUGAGCUCAUUUGGGGACGAGGAAUUUUCCGAGAACGAUGGAAGUGAUGAGGACGGAGAUGAGUAUGCCUCUAGUGACGACGAGCCGCUCAGAUCUCGAAAGUCAAAGGGAAAACUCCCUGCACGCACCCGUGCGAGCCCAGAAUCUCGCGGAAGUGGUAUUGCCACUACAGUACCGCCCUCUCAUAUGACAACUGCGCUGGAUCAAAGUCCCCCAGGUGACGAACCCGGUGCUGUGGAAUUGUAUGAGGGGGUCGAAGAUUCUGACUCUGAUAACAUCACAUCUGCCAUUGACACCGGUACUAGUGAUACUGAUGGAGAUGGUACCAGAGCCAAUGUUGCUGCUAUCUCUCGGAGUCGACGAGGUUUCAGCUCCAUCCCGGGUCGAAGGGGGCGCCUUGUCAAGGAACGAGAACGUUUAGAAAAGAAUCAUCCUGAGAUCAAAACAAUGUGGCAAGACUUGGAGAACACGCCUGUCCUCAAGGCCGGAAAAGCAGCCCAGCCUCAAACCAUCUCACGCCAACUCAAGCCGUUUCAACUUGAAGGUUUAGCUUGGAUGAUGGAGAUGGAAAAGGGAGAGUGGAAAGGUGGAUUGCUCGGUGACGAAAUGGGUUUGGGCAAGACUAUUCAGGCUGUAUCUCUGAUAAUGUCGGAUUACCCUGCAAAGCGCCCUUCGCUGGUGCUUGUGCCCCCCGUUGCUUUGAUGCAAUGGCAAUCGGAGAUCAAGUCAUACACGGACGGUACCUUGAAGACUUUUGUGUACCAUGGUACGAACCAAAAGACCAAAGGAAUAACGGUCAGUCAACUCAAAAAAUUCGACGUGAUCAUGAUGUCGUACAACAGUCUCGAGUCGAUCUACCGCAAGCAAGAGAAGGGCUUCAAGCGCAAGGAUGGGAUCUACAAGGAGAAGAGUGUCAUCCAUGCCCUCAACUUUCACCGAAUCAUUUUGGAUGAGGCACACUGCAUCAAAACGCGAACCACCAUGACUGCCAAAGCAUGUUUUGCUCUCAAGACCAGCUUCCGAUGGUGCUUGACUGGCACGCCUCUUCAGAACCGAAUUGGCGAGUUCUUCUCUCUGAUUCGCUUCCUGAACAUCGCCCCCUUUGCGUCUUAUCUGUGCAAGCAGUGUCCUUGCUCGACGCUUGAAUGGUCUAUGGACGAACAUAGCCGCUGCUCUGGCUGUAAGCAUGCAGGCAUGCAGCAUGUUUCGGUUUUCAACCAAGAGCUUUUGAACCCCAUUCAGAAGUACGGCAACCGUGGACCUGGCAAAACGGCUUUCGGACGUUUACGGCUGAUGACGGAUCGCAUCAUGCUGCGUCGACUGAAGAAAGACCAUACCAAUUCUAUGGAGCUGCCUGUCAAGGAAAUUUAUGUCGAUCGUCAGUUUUUCGGCGAAGUUGAAAAUGAUUUUGCCAACAGCAUCAUGACUAAUGGUCAGCGCAAGUUCGAUACCUAUGUUGCACAGGGUGUUCUGCUCAACAACUAUGCCAACAUCUUUGGUCUCAUCAUGCAGAUGCGACAAGUUGCCGAUCAUCCCGACUUGCUCUUAAAGAAGAAUGCCGAAGGAGGACAGAACAUCCUCGUCUGCUGCAUUUGCGACGAGCCGGCCGAAGACACGGUGCGCAGUAGGUGCAAACACGACUUUUGCCGGGCCUGUGUCGGUAGCUACGUCCGCUCGACCGAUGAACCUGACUGCCCUCGAUGCCAUAUUCCCCUGUCGAUUGAUCUGGAACAGCCGGAAAUUGAACAGGAUGAGAAUCUUGUCAAGAAGAACUCGAUCAUCAACCGAAUCAAGAUGGAGAAUUGGACUUCUUCAUCCAAGAUCGAACUUCUUGUUCACGAGCUACACAAGCUUCGUUCUGACAAUGCCUCGCACAAAUCAAUCAUCUUCUCUCAGUUUACCACUAUGUUGCAGCUCAUUGAAUGGCGUCUGCGUCGAGCUGGUAUCACUACAGUGAUGCUCGACGGUAGCAUGACUCCUGCUCAGCGACAGGCUUCCAUUGAACAUUUCAUGAACAAUGUGGACGUUGAGUGCUUCCUCGUCUCACUCAAGGCCGGCGGUGUGGCGCUGAACCUAACCGAAGCCUCUCGAGUCUUCAUUGUUGAUCCGUGGUGGAACCCUGCUGCAGAAUGGCAGUCUGCCGAUAGGUGUCAUCGUAUCGGUCAGACUCGACCCUGCACGAUUACCCGUCUUUGCAUUGAAGAUUCGGUUGAGAGUCGAAUGGUGCUGAUCCAAGAGAAGAAGACAAACAUGAUCCAUUCUACUGUCAACGCCGACGACAAGGCUAUGGAAUCGCUUACCCCAGCGGAUAUGCAGUUCCUUUUCCGUGGUUCUUAA